AAUGGAAAGUUUCCAUGCCAAGGAAUUUCUUCUUCCUCCCUGAACUAAGAUUUUCUGAUAUCCUUCAAGGAACAAGAGCGGGGCUAGACACACAGUGUGUGCUAAGGAAAAAAUGUCUGGAUUGAAUUGAACCCCUGCAGAACGUGGACUAUUUAGAGGCACUGAGUUUGGCCUCUGAGUGAAUACUUGCCUUGGGUUGGCCCACUUAGCAGUGAACAGCAAUGGGCCAAAGGAGACACACCAAGUUUCACUGUGGCAAAUCAAAGACUUCAGGCACUAGCCUAGUUAAACUUGAGAAAGGAACCGUUGUUAAUAGUACUGAGAUUAAUGAUGCAGGCUGGCAAUCAAAAUUUGUUCUCAAGAACCUUCGGUAUUACACAGUCCAUCCAAAUUUGGCCCAGUACUAUGAGCCUUUGAAGCCCACUGCACUGCAGAAAUUCCUGGCUCGAAACAGGAAAAUCAAAAGCUUCAUGUUAAAAGUAACAGAGUAUGAUCAGGAUAAGACCUUACUGAUUAUGACCAACAACCCACUUCCCUGCCUGAUCCACCAGCAAGUCACACCAAAAUACUUUUCCAAGGAGUUACUGCUCAAGGUAAUGGAAAGUUGCCAUCAUCACAGACCGACUGAGAACUUCUGCCUGCCCCUGAUGUCUCAGAAAAAAAAGUUAAGAUCUGAGCUGAAACCAAUCUUCCCUGUGAUACUGUUGGAGGAUCCUACAUCGAAGCGAGAACAAUGGUUUAGGUUUUCCACCAACAACGAUUUCAAGAGUGAAGGGAAAUAUUCGAAGGUCUACGCUUUGAGGAAACAGAAAAAAAUGUACCCUCAGCUCAACUUUGCUCCAGUCAGUAAAAGAGAUAUGACGAAAGAUGUCUCCAAGAAGUCAAAGGGUGACAUGCCAACUUCCAAAAUGACUUGGGAACCACUAACCCUUUCAUCGCUCCUGGAAGAGAAGCCCACCAGAACUGUGCCAGGGGACAACGCCUUCCGCAAUGGAAGGGCCGAGCAGUGGAUUAUAAAAAAUGCCACUGUCGUUAAGUGAAAACCAAACCCCUCAGGCCUUUCGCCUCGGUCUCCAGAGACUGAGGGGCCUGCAGAACUUGCCAUCCAGGGCGUGCCAACCAAAUAAAAUCGCAUUC